CCGGGAGCGGCCCGCUCGGCCGAGGUUUGGACAUCAGCCUGGCAGCUCUCAGACGGCAUGACCCGUACAUUCAGGGCAUUGUGGACGUGGCCAGCCAGGUGGCUCUGUAUACCUUCAGUCACAAGGCUAAUGAGUGGGACCAGAGCAAAAAGGGGUAUCUACUUCUUCUGGAAUUGAAAGUUCAUGUUUCUGGAUUGGAUUUAUUUUCGUCAGAAGACACUAAUGACAUAUUGAAAGCCGUCUAUGAGAGAUGAAAGAUGUUAAAGUUCAAAGAUCAGUUGGUGACGAAAUGCUCCGUGGACUGGAAGAAAGGAAAGGGCGUGUUCUUUCCGGUGCCUAAAAGUUUACAUUCCUUAAUUAAGCUGGAAUGGAGAAAUCCGGAUAGGAACGUUCUUGUACCCAGAGCUAUGUGCGAUGUAGAUUACUCUUUGAUGAACAGGAUGAGAAAAAUCUUACUGACUGUCCAAAAGUGGAUGUAUCGUUGUCCAAAUAGAACUCCUUGCCCUUUGUGGACACGGGGUCCUUACAGGCUCCCUAUGGACAAGGUUGAUUCCUGUCUUGAAAAACAUGGGAAGCUGCCUCAACCUAUUUUAAGCCCAAACUGGCAGCCACGUCUGUUGCUUCAUCACAUAAAAUAUGGUUGGCAGGAUUGGAGAAUUUAUUGAGAAACUCUUCUCCAUAUGAAAACUUGAUUGCUUCGUUUCCAUUACGGUUGAUUGAUUUAGUUUUAAAUCUGAUGCUACAGCGGAUUCAGUUGGCUCACGGCAAGAACUACUGCUCUCAGCAACACAACUAGAAGGGCGUUAUGGCUCAGAUCAUGGUCGGGAGAUGAUGUGAGUUCAAAAGGAGAAGACUGAUGUGGAAGGGACACUGUUUGUGUACACGAGAUCUGCUUCUCCCAACCAUGGCUUCACCAUCAUGAACCGGCUGAGCAUUGAGAACCGCACUGAGCCCAUUACUAAGGACCUGGAAUUUCAGCUGCAAGAUCCGUUCCUGCUGUACAGAAAUGCCAGAUUUCUUAUUUAUGGAAUCUGGUUCUACAGUAAAGAAGAAUGCCAAAGAAUCGCAGAGCUCAUGAAAAAUUUAACCCAGCAGGAGCAGCUAAAGGCUCAGCAGUCGGCCAUUGUCGGGGUGUCUCCCAUGAACAUACACUCGGAUGGUAAGGAAGUAGACAUCCUGCAGAUGCUCAGCAAGGCCAAGAAUGAGUACACUAAGUGUAAACCAUGUUCAGAGCCCAAGAUGAUGACCAGUUCCUCAGCUAUCCACACAAACCCCAACCUCAUCAAACCCAUUGCCGUAAAACCCAGUGACACAGCCCCUCAGGGGACAACUGUACAUCAGGACAAGUCGGCUGACCCAGAGCCCCAGCAUUUAUCCCUCACCACCCUGUUUGGAAAAACAGAAAAGAACACUGUGGAAAAUGCAGAUCAGAAAGAUUCCCCCUCAGUGCGCCAAACAGUGGUGCGCUCCUUGUCUUAUGAGGAGCCACCAACAUGGUUCACAGACAGCUGUGAUAAACAGCUGUGUCCUGCAAUCCAGAAGCUGAUGGUCCGGGGGACAGACCUGCAUCCCGUCGCCGAGGUGCCAGAAAACCAGCAUUGUUACAACGGCGCCAACAUUCCUCCUGGAGACGUCUUUAGUAGCCUCUUUCUAUCGCUGGAAGACCCCACCCCUAUAUCUGGACAGGAUCAUGUAUGUGGUGGGGACUACCUUCUCCAGAAACUGCAAGGUCAACACUCUAAUAUACCCCCUCUGGAUCGAGGACCCCCAGCUAUCGCACAGUGUACAUCAGGGAAUGUUAUAGGGAACGCACCCCUUAAUUACUAUGACCCCUCUCAGCAAAACCAAAGGACUCCUGUAUCCGUAGCCCCAGCACCUCUCCCCUCACAGCCGCCACUGUCCACAGGGGCCAUUUCUCCUCAAGAAUUUUUGAAAAAUUUGAAUCUGGUGCAUCAGGAGCAACAGUUGCAGAUGAAUCCUAAGCCUGCCCUGGCUGCCAAAUUCCCAGUCGUUACCCAGGGUGCACCGAAACCACAGUGGACUGAGAAGUCCCUGGGAGAGAAAAACAAUCCACUGCUCCAGGUAAUAUCACCCCAGAGAAUCCCUGCCACAGUGUCCCCAUCGCUUCUUCUGUCUCCUGCGGUGUUUACACAGAGCAGUGCAAGUGAUGCCAAAAAGACCCCUAAAGAACCAGCAUCUGCUACGGCCAACCUGCAUUUCCCAGUAUCCCUUCAGAGCACACACAGUAACCAGAGCAGUGUCCUCACCAAGAGCCAGCUCCAGGAGACCUUGUUACACCUCAUCCAGAACGAUGAGAACUUUUUGAACACAAUCUAUGAGGCGUACAUCUCCGUCCUCAACAGAGGGGGCGCAGGCAGAAAGUUCUGACUCGUAUUCCCUCGAUGGAAAAACAUUGCUCCAGUGAUGAGCGUAACGUAAUGGACGCUUUUUACCAGAACUUUUGUGCCAUUCAACAUCUCCAAUGUGUUUUUUAAAAUCUUUAUGGCCGUUAUUUUUUUUUUAUUUUUAACUGCAUAAUGAUUUAGGGCUAGCAUUUUUAGCUGUAGAUAUUUUUAUUUUACAAAUUGAAAUUACAGACUGUUGUAUAUUUUUCUUAGAAAUCCCAAACUGUAAAUUUGUUUCCUUUAUGGAUGAGAGAUUCCAACUAAAACCAGUUCAGACAAUGACCACUAGAUGGCGCCAGGAGAAUAGGAGUGCUGUAUAUAGAAUGGAUGCUUUACAGCGCAGCUGCAGAAGAGAUUUUUGCAUAGAGAUUAUUGAUAUAUCUACAUAUAUCCAGCUAAUGCGUUACGGGGAGCUCCACUUACAUUGAAUACAAGCUAGUGUUCUCUGUUGUUAGCCAUUUCAGACAGGGGAGAGGCUGACUGUAGGACGGUAUUCCUUCCUGUUAUCAGCCAUUAGUAUCUGGGGAGAUGCUGACUGUAGGGACAUGUGAAUUUCAUCUAUUGUUCCCUGUUAUCAGCCAUUACUGUUAGGGAGAGGCCAACCACAGAACAGGUGAAUAGCACCUUGUUCCACGUUAUCAGCCAUUAGUAUCUGGGGUGAGUCACCGAACCAUUUAUUUGUGGUUCUGAUUAUGGUAUAAGCUGCUGUGCAGAAAUAAUCUGGGAUAUGGAAGUUCAUUUUCCAUGAAGCUAUUUUAAUAAACUUUUCAUAUUCAUU